GUCAAAUGGAGCCUGUAGAGCUGGACAAGGAGUCCCUAUGGCUGUAUAGGCCUACUGGUGCUCUCAUGUAGUGCUCCAUAUAAGGCAUAUAGUGGAACAGGCCAUAGUUUUGUUUCUUGAGAAACUGGGAGGUACAAUAUGCACACAUAGAUUUCUUUGGAUGCCACCUUAUUCAUACAUUUUAGAUACAUAAUAUAGCUGUGCGCAUGGGACCUAAGUAGUGUGUCUUUUCUGAAUCUGGAGGUUGGAGAUUCCUUCAGUGAGGCCUCUAAGGGGUAUGCACAGUCUGUGGGAACACCUGCAGCAUGUGCAUGGAUUUCUGCAAAGGCAAGUCAAACGGUUGGGACAGUCACAGAAAUGUGUGCAUUAAAUCUGCUGAGUGUGAAUAUAUAGUAACUCUUCUAAGGCAUCUGAACGUCUGAAAACUGGGUGUCAAAAUAUUGAUAUCCUUGAGGAUAUCUGAAGAUAUAGUAGGUUGCAUUCACACAGCCGUAUGCAGUCUGUGUGACUGUUACAUUUCCCGUACUGACUGCGGCUCAUAUGAGCCGAACUUAAUACAUCAUUGUUGCAGCCCAGCCGCGGGUCUAAUGUCCCAUCCUCAAAGCGUUUCUUGAAUAUGGGACACUAGACCCGUCAUUGGGGUUGAACUCACAGUAUCAUAGAUCACUAUCACGCUUUGAGUUCAGCUCACAUGAGCCGCGCUCUGUCUGAAAAAUGUGGCUGUCACAUGGACCGCAUUUCACGGACCACACUUAGCCAAGCGAAAGCAGCCUUCCGUGAAUGAUCCAUUAUUAUUCACGGGAUACAUUUGUGAUUGGUUUAAAAAAAACUGGAAAGCAAUUACUACUAAUGACAACUGCAUAAUUGUAACCAGAACUGUGUAAAAGAAUGAAAUUCUCAUCUAGGCCACGCAUUUCCAAAGGGCAUAAGAGGUACUUUCCAUAAAAUGUCCUCAUACCUGCAAGCGGAGAGUGUUUCAUGGUCCUACGCAGUGUGAAAUGGACAGGGUCCCAGUGUCAUGUGUAUGUGGAUUCGGCAGCUGACAGGGGGAUGGGAUCUGAUUUGUCCUUCCUGGGGGAAGGGGGUGAAGGGCAGGGUAACAGCUGUCGUGGAGAAUUUUGUGUGCAGUUGGGGUCUGCUUGUGCGAUUUGUGCCUAAUGCUUCAUGUCUCUUCUCUAUGUGUAUACUCAUAUGGCUGCCCUCAUCAACUGUAUGAGUGCCAUAGUAUGUCUCUGCUCAGAGAUAUGCGCCCGCAUACUGGGUAGUGUUUGUAUGAGACGAGGAUACCACUUGUGGCUGGCAGCUGUGGUCAGUGUGACCCCCUUCCUUCAGGAACUAAGUAACCCCAGGAGCAUUUUCUCCAACUCCAACAACUUCUUCAAUGUGAAGUUUGUUCAUUGCUCCUGUGGUUGGACCUUUCUGCUCCUUUCUGGAUUUGUUCUUCUGGUGUCUUUAGUGCCCACCGGCCGUCCAUUGCUCUCACUAAAACAUCUUUCAAGGUUAGGAGUAAGUACAGCGGUUUGCCAAGGUAUUCCUUACCUAUUCCGACUCUUGGAGGAUCUAACUGGUUCCUGUCACCAACCUUUGCCACCUGGUACACUGCUUCUAGAUCGUCUGGAAACCAGACAUAGUUGUCAAGCAGAAGGGCACCAAUGGCAUGGUUACCAUGUCUCUCCACAGACCUUCUCAUUGACAUUGUGCAGUCUUUCUAUGGCAGAAGAAUUGGCUGUGUUUGUGCGCUACUUGCGAAGAGGCUAUCCGGCUGGCACUUCUCUGAGAUUAGUCUUUCUGUUGAAUGCCAGUCUUCUGGUGUUGUACAACCUACUUUUGUUUUGCACUGCACUUUAUGCUCCUAGCUAUACCCAGACUGUGGUUGGAGCAGCCAUUGGAACCCUGUGCUGGCACCUUACCUAUCGCGGCUGGUUCCGUACACCCUAUUCACCUGGACCACCUGGUUUUGGUAUGUUUCCCAGAUUGGCCGGAGGAAGAAAUAAACUAGGAUGAAAAAAUGUAACAUUUUCACCUGGAUUGGUAUCCAAGCUGGCUGAUUUCCAGCCAGGAUUUUCUUUUAUAUCAAAUGAAUGACCUUCUACUUAUGUAAGGCAUGUCUGGAGUCUACACGAUGAGAAAGAAAAACUAAUUCAAAAUAAUAAGACUAUUAUUAACCCAACCUGGAGCUCCAAAUGUUAAUAGAAUGACCUUCAGGACAAAAUCAUUACACCACAUCAUCAGGAUAGUUAAGAUAACUGGAAAAAAAUGGGUUUCUCAAUCAACAGAAACACUGAAUAAUAAAUAUGAACUGCAAAAAAAGCUAUGAAAAUAUGUGUAACAUGAAGAUAUUGUUAAUUUAAAGACAUACUUAGUGUGAGUUCUAGAUGUGGACUAUUGUCAGGUGUUCUGUACCACAAAUCUGUAUUUUUACUGUCUAAUACAUGAGGAUGGAUUUUCAAAACUCUGUUCCACAUAUAU